AUGGGUAGUAAUGGAUGGCAUCAAGGUCAUCUGAUGGGAAGUCACAUGAAGAAUAAAGUCAAGAGUGAAGAUGCACCACUAGUUCCAUUUGAAGAUCAAGAGACUGAAGAGAUCCAAACAAAAUUGGACAAACAACUUGGUCCUGAAUAUGUUUCUACGCGUCCUGGUGCUGGUGGUAUUAGAGUUUCAUAUAUUGAAGGUUGGAAAGCCAUCAAUUUGGCUAAUCAAGUUUUCGGAUUCAAUGGCUGGAGGUCUGAGAUAAAGGAUGUUCAUUUAGAUUAUAUUGAAGAAAGAAAUGGUAAGACAAAUUUAUCUGUUUCAGUUAUUGUUAGGGUUACAUUGAAAGAUGGUACAUAUCGUGAAGAUAUUGGUUGUGGAAGUAUAGAAAAUUCCAGAACAAGAGCAGCGGCUUUCGAGAAAGCCAGAAAGGAAGCUAUGACAGAUGGUUUGAAAAGAGCACUUAGAUGUUUUGGGAACGCAAUGGGGAACUGUCUUUAUGAUAAAGAAUAUUUAAGUAAAAUUUCAAAAGUUAAAUGUGCUCCACCAGACUUUGAUGAAACUAAUUUGAUGCGUUUCACAGAUAAUAUGAGUGUUCCGCAUAGUAGAGCUUCCACAAUACCCCCAAAUGUUGCGUUGAAUGUCCCAGUGCAACAACCAGCUCAACCACAGGCACAACAGUCAAAUAUUCCUCAUGAACCCGCAACUUCAAAUACCAAUUUCAUAGCACCACAACCACGUCCUAUUCCUAAUCCAAGAAAUCAACCAAUACCUAAACCAAAUCAAAUACCUCCAAGAACAACUAGUCAUGCUACUCCGAACAACAAACACAAUAAGAAAUCAGCUGAAAAGGACAAUGAUGAUUUUGAUGACUCGAUUACAUUUAGUGAUGAUAUAAAUCUGGAGUCGGAAGAUUUUAACGAUGAAUUAAAUGAUAUGUUAAAUACAAAAAUGAAAACACCAGCUCCUGGUGAACAUGGUGAGCAACAACAUGAAAACCCUACAGAUGAAUCUAUAUCACAAGAAGCAACAACUAAUGAUACACCAUCUACACAACCUACUAAAGAAAAUGAAAUACGGCCAUCACAAGUAAGCUUCGUUAAAGCAAGAGUGGCUGAAGAUUUACAAAAGAAUGGAGAUGUUGCCAAAACACAUGCUUUCAAUCCAGCUUUUAUUAGUCCUUCAAUAAGAAGAACUGUUGAUCCAACCAAGUCAACACCUAUAAAGAGAACAUCUGCUCAUGAGCUAAAAACUGUGCGCUAUGAUAAUCCAAAAUUAAUGCCAAAUAGACAAAUUGGUAAACCAAGAUAUCCACCACCCAAAAGAGCUAGAGUUGAUUCUGGUAAAGAGAAUAAUGUUAUUGAUAAUAACGGCAAACAGCCAUCUCAGGAGAACACUAAUACUGCUAGCCAGCAACAAACCUCGUCAUAG